CAGCACGUUUCUAAGGUCGGAUUUUAAUGGAAAUUCCGUCCUUAUUUUAUUUUUACUAAAUAAGUAUUUGAACGUAAAAUAAAUUGUACAGACCUAUUAUUAAAAAUGAAAUGAGGAUAUUUGUCUCUGAUUGGUCAGACUGGAUCAAGAGCAAGCAACAGGUUUUCUGCAUGACCGGUUUAAUACAUUGACCUUGGGUGAAGGUCAUAUUGAUCAAGAUUCUGGAGUUUAUGUUCCUGAUAGUGAUCUGAACUGUGUAACCAUGCCGACUAGAAGACGACCAAGAUCACCAUCAUCUGACGAUACACGUGCCAAAAGAGCUCGAGUCACAAACUGGUCCAAGAGAGAGCCAGUCAGUUCAUCUUCAUUCAGUUCUAAACGAUGUGAAGCUUGGUUUCACGAAUAUACAAGUCCAGAUGAGGAUGAAAUUAGUCCAGAAGGAAUGGAGAAAUUUUGUGAAGAUAUUGGAGUUGAACCAGAAAAUAUUGUUAUGUUGUCAUUAGCAUGGAAAUUAAAAGCCAAUAGAAUGGGAUAUUUUACUGCUGAAGAAUGGGCCAAGGGGAUGAAGGAUAUUCAAUGUGAUAGUACAGAAAAACUACAACAGAAACUCGACUACCUCAAAACACUUCUCGAUCAUCCCGUUCAUUUUAAAAAUAUUUACAGAUAUGCGUUUGAUUUCGCAAGAGAGAAAGAUCAGAGAAGUAUGGAUAUAGACACGGCUAAAGCUAUGUUAUCUCUAGCUCUCGGUAAACAUUGGUCCUUGUAUGGUUCCUUCCAUCAAUUCUUAGAGCAAUCGAAAUAUAAAGUAAUAAAUAAAGAUCAGUGGUGUAAUAUUUUAGAAUUCAGUCGUUCUGUGGCUGCAGAUUUAUCUAAUUAUGAUGAAGAUGGGGCCUGGCCAGUGUUAUUGGAUGAGUUUGUCGACUGGUUUAAAGAACAAAAGAAAAAUAGUUGAAUGAAUGAUGUAACUUCCUGUCUGUCCGUGCUAUAAUUACUGGUAGUGCAAAAGAAAGUAGACUUAUGACCUACCUAUUGGCUAGCUCAUUUCAUACAUUAUAUCUUUCAAAGAUUGAUAUAAAAUCCCAUCUGUCCUUCAGUAUUUGUCCAUAUUCGUGAAGCAAUGGUUUCAAGUAUUAGUAGUUUACUGACCACUGAUGUUCCUGAUUAAUUAUCUUCCUGUGAGUGUGGCUCCUUGUUUGACUUUGUGAAUUGGACGCUUUAUCUUAAUACAGUUGCCAAUUUAUUUAAGUUUUUAUUAUUUCUGUAAUACAGCUCAAAAUGAUAUGAACUAGACAUUUCCAAAAAGCUUUUAGAACUAUCAAUUAUUUGGAUUGAUCGUCAAGCUAACUUGAAAACCAAUCAAUAAAAGAGAAUCAUCUUUAAGUAUUAUCGAUAGUAGUGGUAGUGAAUGCUUGUUACUAUAGCUUUAGGAAUAUGGAACCUAUAUGACUGGAUUAUUUUGGGUAAGAUGGCUUUUUAAAUCAUCCAAUUGGCAGUGAGCAUGGCCAUUGUUAGGUUGUUUGAAUGUUGUUCAUUUUAAAUACUGGUAUAAAAUAUAUAAUAGUAUAGAGUAUGUUUAUAUUAUAGGGCAAAUUACGCUUUAUCUAUAAGAUUAUUAUCACACCCAUAACUUUAGCCAUGUUUCUUUCACCACUAUCCUGUAAUGAAUUCGUCAAGAAUUAAUGCUUGAAUAUUCAAAUUGCUCAUCUUGAACUUUGUAUGAUCUGGGAUUUCCAAUGAAUGAAAUGAGAGUAAAUUCAGUUGGAUUUAUUGAAAUCAAACAUAACCUUAUAUAUGGUCUAUUGUCAAAUUUUAGUUAUCAUGCUUUGAUGAUAUAUAUAUAUAUAUAUAUAUAUAUAUAUAUACAGUAUAUUAUAUAUGGUCCUCCAAUGCCUCCAUGAUCAUUUUGUCUUUAAUGUAACUCAUAAAUCAGUCACCAAUUUACUCAAAUGUUGACAUGUCAACGUGUAUAUAUGUAUUGUCUAGUUUAACUAACAAUUUUAUCAGAUGUAGAUUUCAAAUAAUUAAUAUCACUUAAUCUUUAAGUACAUUUCUGAAUUAAAUGUACAUUGUCCAUGUGAUAGAAAUACAGACUUAAUAAUUCAUUCCUUAUAGGCAAAGGGAAACAAAAAUAUUUGAUAUUGCUCCAGUUGUGGAUGAGGGAGGGGGAGAUUACUCUUCUGGAAACACCUCAUACCACUUCAUAUUUAUUUGGAAAGUUCACACAGCCAACAAAAUAUUGUACUUUUGUAUAAAGAUCUAAAACAAAAUUGUACUUUUGUAUAAAAAUCAAAACAAAUAUUGUACUUUUGCAUACAGCUCUAAAACAAAACUGUAUAAAGAUCUAAUUGUACUUUUGUAUAAAGAUACAGAAAAAUAUUGUACUUUUUGUAUGAAGGUCCAAAACAAAAUUGUACUAUUGUUUUAAACCCCAAAACAAAAUUGUACUAUUGUUUUAAACCCCAAAACAAAAUUGUACUUUUGUAUAAAGAUCCAAAACAAACUGCUACUUUUUUAUAAAGAUACAUCAUGAAAUUGUGUAUUUUAAUUGGACCGAUGAAAGUGAUUAACUUAUUGAAAUAACUGACUCUCAGAUGUAAAAUGAAAAGAAAUGUGUUUUCUAAUAGUAUAUGAAUGAAUAAGUUUAUUAUUUUUAUAGAGUAUGUCCGAAUCUGUGGGAAAAUGUCGUUGAAAUACUUUUUUGAAUAUUUGCUAAGAAUAUGUGGAGUCAAGACUUAAAAAGGAAAGAGCAUCUUUUUUGUUUUAAAAAAGAAAAAAAAAAAGAAAUGAUGCAUGGUUUUUAUUAGAUCUUAGUUGAUUUGUGGGGUUCUAUUUUAAUGUCAGUCCAUGCUGUAUGUUUGAAAUUUGAUAUUCUUAAAUUUUGUUAAUUUUGAGAUAUAGCAGGGACCUGAUUCACCAAAACGUAAACUAAAAUGUUUUAAGAAUUCUUUCACUAUGUAAGAUCCAGAAUCUGUGCUAGGAUUUUAUCUCUCCAUCCAUAAAAAAUCUGCAUUAAAAUAUUUGAGUUAAAGUUUUUAUAAAUAAAGACCCUAAACAGUAAUCAAAUGUUGACAGUCUUAUGGUUAAAGGUUCUGGUUAAAACAAAAUACUAUCAAUGCUAGCUAUAACAGUAGAUAUCAAGACUGUUUUCAUCUAUUAAAACUAAACAAAUGUUAAAGAUGCAUUAUGUAACAUUUUUAAGAAGAGUUGGACGUUCAUGCUUUUAUAGUUCACAAAAUAGAUAAUGAAAAAUAAAUAUUUUGAAAUUGCUUUUAAAUUACAUUAUUCUUGGCGAAGUUAUGACCGGUUAAAGAUGUAGCGUUACAUGUUCAAUAUCGUAGCAACCGUACUCGACAAUCAAGACUUCGCCUCCAUUGUCCAUUUUUAUUGUUAAAUUUUCAAAUCUUGCAGAUAGUUAAAUCCAUUUAAUCUCGGGCAUUUGAUCUAUGUUCUAUAGGGACAUGAUGAUAGGCUUGUUUUGUGAAUAAAUGUCUAAAUAAAAGUUUAUAUAACAUUUGAUCGAAACCUAAAGAAAGACCUGCAAAGGACAGAUUUAGCACUUACUGAAUGUGUCUUUAACAAUUGGAAUAGAAAAGAUUAUAUGAUGUAUUUAAGUCUAGUGGUUUUAACUAAUCUUUUGCUUUUGCCUGGUUGACUUGUUAUUAUACGCCCACAUUGAAAUGGGGUCGUAUAUUGUCGUGGCUAACCGUCCAGCGGUCCGGCAUCCACAAGCAAUUGUUAACGCUCUAGAGGCUAAAGUUAAUAUCAGAAUCAGAUUGACUUUAAAUUUAUUUGCAGCGAUUUCAGAUAAUUACUGUCAGAGUUAAGGCCGUUGAACACUUUGAAAAAUCUUGUGGACGCUCUAGAGGCUAAAGUUAAUAUCUGAUUGACUUUAAAUUUAUACACAGCAUUUAAGGUCACGAGACGAAGAACCCUUUUGAUUUCAGAUAGUUACUGCCACAGUUGUGGCCCUUAAUCUCUUUGAAAUUUCUUGUUGACGCUCUAGAGGCUAAAGUUAAUAUCCAAUUGAUUUUAAAUUUAUACACAGUGUUAAGGUCAUGAGACGAAGGAGUCUAUUUAUUUUCAACUAUUUCCCUUAACUAUGGCCCUUAAUCACUUUGAAAUAUCUUGUGGACACUGUAGAGGCUAAAGUUGAUAUCCAAUUGACUUUAAAUUUAUACACAACAGCUUUUAAGGCCAUGAGACGAAGAAGCCUAUUCAUUUUCAACGAUUUCUGGUAAUUACUGCCAAGAGUUAAGGCAUUUGAUCACUUUGAGGCUAAAGUUAAUAUCUUAUUGACUUACUUCUUCACAGUGUUUAAGGUCAUGAGACAAAGAAAUCCUAUUCAUUUUCAACUAUUUCCGAUAAUUACUGUCAGUGUUAAGCCUUUGAUUAGUUUAAAAAAUCUUGUAGACACUCUCUAGAGGCUAAAAAUCCAUUUCAUUCAUUCACUCACUCUAGAGAAGUUAAUACAAACUGUCUUACAAAAUGUGGGCGUAUCUUGCCAGCAACCGCUGGUUAAAUUAAAUCAUUAAAUGGCUGAACUGUUCUAGUCUACUUAAAAUCAGAGUCAUCUGCUGCCAUCAAAAGUUGAUUAUGGUCUUGUCAUGUAAAUAAAUGUCUAAUUAAUGAUUUAUAUAACAUUUAAGGUGUAAAGAAAGACCUGCAGUAGGCUGAUUUAGCUCUUACAUAAUGUAUUUUUAAUUAAAUGUUAAAUACAACAUUUUAGCAUGGAUUAAUCUGUGAAAAAUUUGAUGUUAUCCGAAAAAUGGAUGGGAAUGACGAUCAGCUGUUGUAUGCAUGUAUUGAUGAAUUAAAUUUUUAGUUUUAUAUUUCUUGGCUCUGUGUGUUCCUAUUCGAUAAAAUAUUUGUGUUAUAUUUUAUGGUGCAUUUAUUCUCUGCUAUCUUAUUGUGAGUGAGAAAUCUUUUUCUAUUUUGAAAACCUAGAGCUGAUAGUAUUUAAAGUUUUAUUAGGGCGAAGUCAAGACACAUUGUUAUUCCUUAAUAAACUGAAUAAAAUUUGGUCUUAAAGACUGUUCAGUGUUUGUGAUGCCACUGAAUAAAGUUAACAGCAAUUAUCUGAGUGGGGGGAUAUACAGCGGCCAAAUGUUUCCAUAACGCAGUGACUUGCUGUACAGGUCAGACCUUAUUGUUAACCCCAUUGACUAGUUUCACCUGACCAACCUUUUCCUUAACUCCAGAAACUUGCUGUGUAGGGAUUCACAUACGCAAUCCCUGUUGGUUAAAUUCAGUGCCUCGCUGUGCAGUGUUUAUCAUCGACCAAAAAUUUCCAUUAACCCUAGUGACUUCAAUGAGAAAAUAAAAACACAAAAAAAAACAUUGUGUAGAAAUUAUUGAAAUGCUAAUUUGAAGUAAUAUUUUAUAAGAACAUUUGAAAAAGAUAAUGUGUUUUGGGUUUUUUUUUUUCUUUCUUGUAUUUAUGUAUUAAUUGUUUUUAAGUUUUGUUAUUUUAUUCUUUAAAUACUCCAGAAGGAACCUUAAUAAUAUUAUAUGGACGACAUUUCAGCUCAGACUUAAGCUUUUGAUUCUUAACAACUGCCACUUGGUUGGAAUCACUGUGUUAUGAUAUGAUUAUUAAUUUUGUUAUUUGUAUAUCAGAAGUGACAUUUUUACACCAAUGGCUAUAUUUGUACACCAAAAUUUGAAUAAUGAUCUGAAAUGUCUUCAAUAUUGUUACACCUGAGUAUAAAUAAAAGUUCUUCCAUUUCA